UCCAUGUGAGGGCACGAGUAGGGAUGGGGUCUGCAAAGACUCUGCCUUGUGGUGUACCCCUGCCCAGAUCAGCUCUCAGCUGGACGCUGCCCUGUGCCUGUGCACUGGUGUCUGUGGUGCUUUUUAGGCUCCUGGCUGCCUUGGUAGCACCGUGCUGGGCAUCCCUGAGCACUGCAGCCCACGCAUCUUGUGCCAUGUCCUGGUGUGGUAGCCCUGAUGUGCUGGCCCUGGCGGUGGCUCAGCCCCAGGGCUGGCUGGGAUGAGGGAAAUCAAUGAAUUCCCCAAACGGGAAGGUCCGGGGGAGGGGAGAGCACAGGAAAAAGUGCAGGCAGUGACGCAUGACGGGCAGAGCAGUGCCGGCCGCCCCGAGAGCACAGCCCCAUGCAGUGCCCUGGAGCCUCUCACCCACCUCCACCACCCACCGUGGUCCCCACGACCACGGCAUGUUCCGUUCGCGCCGAGCCGGGCUGGUGCGGAGGCUGUGGCGGCAGCGCUGUGCAGCAGCCAGCCCCGAGGACGGCCCCGCUGCCCUCAAGCCAGCGGUGCAUGCUCUCUUCAAGAAGCUGAAGGAUGAGGAGCUGGAGCUGCUGGUGCAGGUGGUGGAGAGCCGGGGUGCCUGGGAGUCCGGCUGCGUUCUGGCACCAAGGGGGGACCCACGAGGGGUCAAACAGGGACUCCCCCCUCAAGUCCUGCUCUGUCGCCUCUUCCGCUGGCCUGACCUCCACCAGUCCCAUGAGCUCAAGCACCUCUGCUACUGUGCUGGGGGCCAGGGAGCCUGCGGGGACUUGGCUGGGCUGUGCUGCAACCCCCAUCACUUCAGCCGCUUGGCUGUACCUGAAACCCCGCCACCCCCGUACUUGAAGGCAUCCUGUGGUCCCUCCUGGCCAGAUGAGCCCCAGCUCAUGGAGUUCAGCUACGACGGUGGGGACUGGUGCGACACCAGUCUCUCAUGGAGCACCAUCAAGGACGGCUGUUGGUGCAAACUGGCUUACUGGGAGUACCGGACGCGCGUGGGCCGCCUGUACGCCGUGCACGAGGCGUCGGUGAACGUUUUCUGUGAGCUGCCCUGGGGCAGCGGCUUCUGCCUGGCACAGCUGCCCGCCGCCUACCGCAGCUGCGCCGUGCGCCGGGCACGGGGCAAGAUCGGCCGGGGGCUGCAGCUGAGCCAGGAGCCAGGCGGGGUGUGGGCCUACAACCGCAGCGAGCACCCCAUCUUCGUCAGCUCGCCCACCCUGAGCCCCCCCGGGCUGCCUGUCCUCAAGGUGCUGCCCGGCUACUCGGCAAAGGUGUUCGAUUAUGAGUGGGCAGGGGGCACAGGGGGCUGGCAGCUGCCUGGGGAGGGACCCUGUGACCCCCACAGUAUCCGCAUCAGCUUUGCCAAGGGUUGGGGACCCUGCUAUUCCCGGCAGUUCAUCACCUCGUGCCCGUGCUGGCUUGAGGUCCUACUGAACCAGCCACACUGAGAGUGGAGCUGGUGGGGGGGUGCCAGGGAGGUCCCCCAAAGCAGGUUGACAAGCUGGGGGUCCCUUCUACUGUUCCUCAGCCUGUGUCUUCCAGGGCUGUGUUGUAGCAGAACUGUCCUGGCUCUGGGGACUCUGUGCCUCAGUGCUGCCUGGAUGCAGUGCCCCUCUUGCAGGGUUCAGCACCUGCUUCCCCCAGCCAUGGGGCUCUCAGUGACACAGGACACUAUUUAAUAUCUUUUUAUUAUUAUUAUUAUUAUUAUUAUUAUUAUUAUUUUAAUGUCUAAGUUUAUAUUAAUUUAUCUAUUUUUGUAUAAAAAGCAGAGCAUGAGGCAGGAGUCCCCAUUGUCAGGGCCAGGCCUAGGGGGUGGCAGCUAGAGCCCAUGGGCACAGGAGGAGCAGGAGAGAAGGGAGGUGAGAGGGAAUGAGGAGGAAGGGGAAGCUGUGGGCCUAGGUGUAACUGCAGACAAGGGGAAUGGUAGUGAACUGGUACAGCUGGGGGGGGAGGUGAGGCAGGUGAGCACAGCUGGAGUGAGGGGCAGGUUAGAACAUCUGGAUAGGUGCAGGGCAGGUUAGAACAUCUGGAUAUGUGUGGGGCAGAUUAAAACAUCUGGAUAUGUGUGGGGCAGAUUAAAACAUCUGGAUAGGUGCAGGGCAGGUUGGAACAUCUGGAUAGGUAUUGCAUAGGUUAGAACAUCCGGAUAGGUGUGGGGUAGGUUGGAACAUCCGGAUAGGUGUGGGGUAAGGUUGGAACAUCUGGGUAGGUGCAGGGCAGGUGCAAUGGGGGGGAGAGGUGAGCACUCCUGGGGUGGGGACAGGUUCAGGGUUACCCAAGCUAGGUCCCAGGCUUCCUUCAACCGUUCUGGCAGCAUGGGGGGAGCCCCGAGCAAGCGCAGCCGAGGGGAUCCCGGAUUGCCCGAGUCGUGUCUGCUGUUUUUAACCUAAAUAAACGGUGCCACGGGCACCAAGAGAC